GGUCACGUGAUGGGGCCCGGAAGCGGCUGCCAGGGCAGCCGGCGGUGGAGAUGGCAAGGGUUCCACGCUGAGGCAGGGACAGGUGGGCUGCUGGGCUGAAGCAGGAGCCAGAGCUCAAGUCGGAACCCCGAGCGCUACCAUGUCCACGCAGCGACUUCGGGACGAGGACUACCGUGACUACAGCUCCACUGACGUGAGCCCCGAGGAGAGCCCAUCCGACACCCUGAACAACUUCUCUUCCCCAGGCUCCUACCAGCGGUUCGGGGAAAGCAGCAGCACAACAUGGUUCCAGACCCUGAUUCACCUGUUAAAAGGCAACAUUGGCACAGGACUCCUGGGGCUGCCGCUGGCGAUGAAAAAUGCAGGCAUCUUGGUGGGUCCCCUCAGCCUGCUGUUGAUGGGCCUCGUGGCUGUGCACUGCAUGGGUCUGCUGGUGAAGUGUGCCCACCACUUCUGCCACAGGCUGAACAAGCCGUUUUUGGACUACGGGGAUACAGUGAUGUACGGCCUGGAGGCCAGCCCCAGCGCCUGGCUCCGGAACCAUGCACACUGGGGAAGGCACAUUGUGGACUUCUUCCUAAUUGUCACGCAGCUGGGAUUCUGCAGUGUCUACUUUGUCUUCCUGGCUGACAAUUUUAAACAGGUGAUAGAAGCAGCCAAUGGGACCACCAACAACUGCCACAACAACGAGACGGUGAUCCUGACGCCCACCAUGGACUCCCGACUCUACAUGGCCUCCUUCCUGCCCUUCCUGGUGCUGCUGGUGUUCAUCAGAAACCUCCGGGUCCUGUCCGUCUUCUCCCUGUUGGCCAACGUCACCAUGCUGGUCAGCCUGGUCAUGAUCUACCAGUUCAUUGUUCAGGAGAUCCCAGACCCCAGCCACCUCCCCUUGGUGGCAUCCUGGAAGACAUACCCUCUGUUCUUUGGCACGGCCAUUUUUGCCUUUGAAGGCAUUGGGAUGGUUCUGCCCCUUGAAAACAAAAUGAAGGAUCCACAGAAAUUUUCCCUAAUCCUCUAUGUGGGGAUGGCUAUCGUCUCUGCCCUCUACAUCAGCCUGGGGACUCUGGGGUACCUGCAGUUUGGAGCUGCCAUCCAAGGCAGCAUCACCCUCAACCUGCCCAACUGUUGGCUGUACCAGUCGGUUAAGCUGCUCUACUCCAUCGGCAUCUUCUUCACCUACGCCCUCCAGUUCUACGUCCCGGCCGAGAUCAUCAUUCCUUUCUUCGUGUCCCGAGCGCCCGAGCCUUGGAGGCUGGUGAUAGACCUCUCUGUACGCACCGUGCUGGUCUGCCUGACUUGCGUCUUGGCCAUCCUCGUCCCCCGCCUGGACCUGGUCCUCUCCCUGGUGGGCUCCGUGAGCAGCAGCACCCUGGCCCUCAUCAUCCCGCCCCUCCUGGAGAUCGCCACCUACUACUCGGAGGGCCUGAGCCCUCUCGCCAUCAUCAAGGACGCCCUGAUCAGCAUCCUGGGCUUCUUGGGCUUUGUGGUGGGGACGGGUGUGACCCUCUAUGAGCUGAUCCAGCCCAGCAGUGCUCCCAUUUUCAUCAACUCCACCAGUGCCUUUGUUUAGCGGGCUGGGUGCCGUUCCUGCCCCGGCCCUUCUGCCCCGUUUGCUCCUCAGCGCUUGGCCCCGGAGGCGGGUCCAGGCUCUGGGGAAAGGCGAUAUCGCUGUCCUGGAACCCUUCUACCUGGCACUCAGGUACCCUGGGCCAGCUGGCAUGGAGGGCAGGGGAGAGGGAGGUGCCGUUAGCAGCAGCGUCGUCGCUGUCAUUCGUACUUAGUUUAACCCGACACUUUCUGCUCUCUUUCCGGAUCGUGCCUGCCCUCUUCCCACCUGCCUCUCCUUCUGACCCAUCUCACCCAAAUUGUUCCUGGUGCACAGCUCACUUUACUUAAAAAUGUUAGCAUCCCCCUCCCCACGUUUUCUCCUUUCCUGGGCCAGGCCUCGAGGAAAUAAUUGGGAACACCCCUCUUUGGAAAGCUGGGCCUCUCUCCCUUCUCUCGCCCCCAGACAGCAGGCAAGUCCCACCUAGUACUGGAGGCCACUCAGUCGUUGAAAACCAGCCCCCAAAGCGGGAGUUUUUCGCCUUCCCUCUCUGGCUCGCCGUGACCCUCCUCUCCUCCAAAUUCCUCGUGUGGGUCACAGUGCUGUCUUCUUAGCUGCUUUCGCUCCUGAAAGACAUCAAGUGCUGCCAGAAUUGAAAAUAUUUAUAUUUUAUUUAAAAGUAGCCUUUGUUUUUAGACGCUCUCUCCAGCUCUGGGGUGAUAGUGAAUUGUUCCUUCCUCAGUAAACCCGGCUUCUCCUGCUGAGAAGAAACUUACUCCAGGAGAGACGUCUCCCGGGGCCCUCGGCACCCUCGGCUGAGGCCCCCAGAGGUCUCACAGGAUCAUCAAGCGCGGACCUCGGCCGGGAGCCACGGACCUUGCCUCCCGUUGAUCAGCCGGAUGUCCUCCCGAGAGGACGUGGAGGACUCAGGCCGUGUUUGCCGGUGCACGAGGCUGAGGGACCGCAGGCCCAUUCGCGAGGCGUUUCUCUCUCUACAGGAGGUUGAUGAAGUGGCCUCUGCGUGCGUUCAGGCCUCUUUCCCAGCCUCAGCCCCUGACAGACAAGCGGCAUGGCAGCGUCCCUUUGCCCUCGUGCCAGGAAGACAGCCAGCCUCUUGUGGUGGAUGAGGAGAUGAGGCCAGUGUGCACAGAGAACGUGCAAUUCAGUUCCCAGAGUUUGCAUCAGCUGGUCCAACACUAGAGCCGUGCCUGGUUGUUUACGGUCGCCGGAGGGUGGGGCAGAAACGGUGCCCUGCCCCAAGCUGCCUCCAGGACCUGGACUUCUUAAGGAACCACUUGGAUGGGUGUCCUGUGUUCUAAACACUAAUCUCGUGCCCUUGUCUCUGCCCCCCAGGCUCCCACCCCCAUGCCUUCCUGGGUAUCAGAAAAGAGACAGCCUCAGGGCUGACUCAGCUCAAGGUCAGCCUUUGGGUUUGAGAACAAACUGCAGAGCAGGCGGGGAAGGCCCACGGCCUUGCUUUGGGCGGCCUCCACUUCCCUCUUGGUGGGAGAAGUAUGGCAGAAGGGUGCUCACCGAUUCUCCAUCUCUGGAGUGUGUGUGCGUGUGUGUGUGUGUGUGUGCACGCGUGUCAUUUGGGUGUGUAACAGGCUCCUGCUGUCCUCCAUCCGUGCCACCAGACUCCUGCUUACCUGACAGUGGGGAGAGCAGCACAGCUUUAUCAGGGUCUUUUGUUUUUGUGUUUCACCAAAGCUCCUCGGGGCUGUGACCCACCCCUGCAGUCCCAGCUUUUUUCUUUCUCUUCUGUUCCAGAGCCACCUCAUUACAGUGACUCUGGACCGACCUAAGGAUGCCAUCAGUGGUGACUUGCUCUCCCCUAGGAAAAUGACCUGUUUCACCCACCCUCUCUGCUGUUUGGUGGUCGCUUGCCGGUGCUAACAUGACCUAGGUUCUAGCUGGAGGUGGCAGCAGCCCUACUGUCUGAAGCCUCAGGCAUAGAAGUUUCCAAAGUAUAACUUCAAGAACUGUCAGCUCCUGUUUGCAAGCCUGGGCCCCAGCCAUCUUUUCCGAGCAGUCCUGAGAGUUGUUUUCAGUGCCAAGGUGCAGGCCAGUGGCCAGUGAGGGAAAGGGGUCAGCUGUGUGUCCUGCCCACAGCUUCUUCGGGGGAGGCUCUUGUGCUCUCAGAGUGCUACCAGAGGCAGUCCUGUCCAGGCAAGUCGUAUGAAUGGAACUGUGAUGCUUCAUCUGAGGGCUGGACACACAAUGCUGAGGUUCUCUGGCCCUCACGUCUGCUGCUUCAGGGCCGCUGCCCAGAGAACGGGGUGUGUAGGAGACACUGCUUUCACUUUGGGGCUUUGGGAAGCUCGUUAGGCCGGCCUUGGUCCUGUUCAGUCACUUUCCUGUCUCUCGCUGCUUUGACAGCCCAGUUGCAUGGCUGAUUCAGGAGAUCCAGGCCAGGCAGAUCCCUUCCUGCCUUGUACGGUUGCACAGCGAUUAGGUGUUGAAUAGAGGGCUGGCUGGGAGCUUGUCGUGGAGGAAGCCCUUCCUCUUCUGGAAGCAGCCCCUGCGAGGGGCCAGCUCCAGGAAGCUUAGGCCUCUGUUGCCGUGGGGCUCCUCAGUCAGGAAGCCCUCCCUGCUCUCUCCCCACUUCUCGUUAGGAACCAGCUUCCCAGCCUCUCCCCAGGCCCUGCUCCCGUCCCUGAUGAAGCAGGAGACUGAUCAGGCAGCAACAGAUCAAAGGCUGGACUGAAGGCCAGCCAUGAGCUCUGGCCCAGUGCUCACAAGCUAUGUCCUCAAGUCUCCCCAGGGGAGUCCCACAUUCUAUCAGCCCAGAGGUAGCUUCUCAGAUCCCCUUGUUCUCUCCUGCAGAAACCACUGUUGGGAGCAGGCUUCCAAUUCCCUGUAGGCAAUAUACCUCUCUGUAUAUGUGGGUUCUUGCUGGAAACAGCAUGACCUGGCCCCUGCCCAGAAGUUGGACCUUCCACAAGUGGCAUUAUUUGUAUUUAUGUUGUGCUGCUGUCUGGCUGCUGGGGGCCGUUCAUCUGCACGGCCCCUGGCCAGAUAUGUGUGACUUGGUGGCAUGUCUUAGCCUAGAACCUGUGGCUUCCCCCCUCCCUCUUCUCUCACUCGCUUCUCCAGCCAAAUUCAUUGGCUUUUGCUCACUGUUCGCUCUCUACCCCCACAAAAGGUAAAGUGGGCAGUUUUACCAGUUGUCUUCAAGUGGUGAUCCCAAACAGGACCCAGUGGGGCCGCCUGUUCCCCGUCCUGUUCUCCUGUCUUGCUUUUUAUCUCUCCAACCUCUCCCUUCCUAAAUUGUAGAGUAUCAUCUCCGUGUAACACUACAUGUCCACCUCAUGUUUCUUGGACGUGCAGAAUCUCACUUUAUGUCUGCUUGCAGCUCCCGCUCUUCACUGCUUACCGCAGGGGGUCUGGGCCCAGUUUGUUUGACGUCGUGGCUGCCUGGAUGUUAAGGCCAGCCCCAGUGCCUGCUCUGGUCAGAAUGCAAAGCUGCUUCUUCACAGUGGGGACACACAGCGCAGAUGGCACGACUUGGAGAUUCAGGAGUCGGCUCCAAGUCUGCCUGAGAGUUACAGGUUUCCAAGUACCUUAUAGCAUCUCCAAGACCAUUAAGGGGAACGGAGAGAAUGUGGUUUGUCUUUGGAAUCAAAGUUAAUACUUUGAGACAGUCUCGCACUGGUUGCAGGGCUCUUUGUUCUCACAGCAUCAGCCUGUGGCAUUUCUUCCCUGUCCUUUGUCCCACUGGGUCCUUCCCUGGCCGGGGGGACAUAAAUGGUGCUGGAUGGAAGUUAUCAGUCACGGCAGGAAGCGAGGGUGGAGGGUGCCAGUUAUAAACCGUGUUUUGUUUGAAUCAAGGUGGUGCUGCAGAAGUGAUUUUGUUGUACUCAGUGAUAAAAUUAUGUGACCUUAUUAUAAAACAUAUCCAUGGAUGUGUGAAUAGGAAGAAUAUGAAAAAUUGCUGUCCGAUAGGUCUUGCUAACCAGACAGUCCCAUGUAUGUCAUGUGCCUACGUGGAUGUGUGUUUCCUGCAUGGUGCAUGUAGAGAUGUGGCUCAUGCAGGAGCUCUUAGAAGCUCUCGUUUGGGGUUCUGCACAUGAAUCAUGUGUUAAAACUUCUCCUUAAUAAAUGAAUUUUUUUUAUUUUUGA